AUGGCGUUGCCUUCCAUGAAAAAAGAAAACCAUUCCGAGUUAAGACAAAUCUCUGAUGGUGCCACGAGGCAUCUGCAUGCUCUUCAAGCAUUGAAGCUGCCCACCGAUCACUGGGAUGCGUUAAUAAUACAUAUUCUUUGUUCCAAGCUUGAUCCUCUUACAUCGCGCGAGUGGCAAAAUUCGCUAUCGGGCACCGAACUGCCCACUCUAAAAGAGUUUUUUGAAUUUAUUACGCGCCGUUGUCAAAUGCUAGAAACUACAAUUAAGUCGAGUGUCGCAAGUACAAAAAACGACACGGCACGACCGCAGUCUAACACUAAACGACAAACGACGUGCGUCGCAACUGUCAAGUCUAAAUGCAGUUAUUGCUCAGCAGAGCACUGCAUUUACUAUUGCAAAAAGUUUAUAGCUCUUUCUGUUCCGCAGAGAUUAUCCGAGAUUCGUAGCCGCAAGCUUUGUCUCAAUUGCCUACGGUCUUCCUCCCACUCUCCAAGCAAAUGCACGUCAGGUCAGUGCAAGGUGUGUCGAGGAAAACAUAACACUCUCCUUCACUCUGACGCUGUUCUUCUACAGACGUCAAGCAACUCGAAUAACGGCUCAGAUUCAAAGUCCUCCGUCACCGCUUCUGAAACGGUAACGCACGCCUCAGGGUUGGUUAGUGGCAACCACGUCAUUCUCUCCACGGCAGUGGUCCAUGUAGCUGACAGCAAAGGAUCCCUAAGGCCUUGUCGUGCCUUGCUCGAUUCGGGCGCCCAAGUGAAUCUCAUUUCAGGGAGAUUUCUGGCCAGUCUAGGUAUCGAGCCGCGACCGUUAAGCUUAGCCAUUUCCGGUGUUAAUGGAAUAUCCUCAACAUCUACGCAAGUGGCUCGAAUAAAUUUGCAGUCACGCACAAGCACCUACUCGGUCUCAUUAAAUUGCAUCAUCGUGGACCAGGUAACCGACAAACUUCCCGCUUUCACAUUCAAGCGGAGCAAGUUCGACAUUCCCAGCAACAUUAAAUUGGCAGAUCCACAAUUUCAUGUGUGCGCUGACGUUGAUCUCAUAAUUGGUCAGGAAUUCUUUUGGGAUUUGAUUUGCGUCGGACAAAUCAAGGCCUCGGACAAACAUCCAACCUUACAAAAGACGAGAUUAGGCUGGAUAGUUGCGGGACCUUUGGCCGAUUUUAAAGAGUCUCCUCCCAGGGUGUAUUCACUGCACGCUACUGUUACCAACGAGCAGCUCCACGAUCAGCUAAAUCAGUUCUGGCUUGUGGAGGAUAUACGCGGGCUGCCUGACAAUUACACGGCUGAAGAAAGGCGGUGCGAGCAACACUUCCUCAGCAACGUUAAGCAAGACUCUGAAGGCAGAUACAUAGUCAAACUCCCUAUAAAAGAGGACGUUCUCAAUCAACUUGGGGAUUCUCGAAGCAUCGCGCUAAAGCGAUUGAUGAACCUUGAACAGCGUUUCAAGCGCGAUCCCGCUUUAAAGGCGCAAUAUGUACAAUUUCUGAAUGAAUACCGAUCGCUUGGCCAUAUGCGAUUGGUAGAACCUUCCGAUGACAUUUCGCCUUCCUUUUACUUACCUCACCAUGGGGUAUUCAAACGCACGAGUCAGUCCUCUAAAAUCCGGGUUGUUUUUGAUGCAUCCUGCAAGUCGACUACUGGAAUUUCCCUCAACGAUGUUCUCCGGGUAGGUCCGGUUGUGCAAUCAGACCUAGCAGACAUUCUAAUGCGCUUUCGCAAUUUUCGCUGUGUCAUCUCAGCAGAUGUCAUCAAGAUGUAUAGACAGAUCUUGGUCGACCCUUCGCAAACGUCCCUGCAAAGAAUAUUGUGGCGAAGCAAUCCCUCUUCAAACGUCGACACGUAUGAGUUAAGCACGAUAACCUAUGGUACCUCGUCGGCGUCAUACUUGGCUACAAGAUGCCUCAAUUAUCUAGCUGAGCAAAACUCAUCCAAAUAUCCUCUCGGAUCAGCACACGUCAAGCGUAACUUUUACGUAGACGACCUGCUUACUGGAGCAGAUUCUCUCAACGAAGCAAGGCAAAUUCGUGAUGAAAUAAUACAAUUGUUGCAGCUGGGAAAAUUCGAGCUAAGUAAAUGGGCGUCAAAUUGUCCGCAGCUACUCAAAGAUGUACAGCGACAGGACACUCCUGUAAUAAUUGAGAACGAAGAUCGAUCAUCCAUCCUAGGAAUUCAAUGGAAACAAUUCGAGGACGUAUUUUGUUUCUCGUGUAACCUCGAUCCCUCUGGAAACGCAAUAACCAAACGGAUCAUACUAUCCGAGGCGUCCCGACUGUUCGACCCGUUAGGUAUCCUAGGUCCGAUCAUUGUUGUAGCCAAACUUCUUCUACAAGAACUCUGGCAAUCCGGAGUUCAUUGGGACGAAUCCGUUCCUCAGGAUGUCCACUCUCGCUGGCUCAAAUUCAGAUCCCAGUUGAACAAAUUGAACCAAUUACAAGUACCACGCUGCGUCAAGUUUAGCUCUUACUCUCAACAUGUGCAGUUUCACGGCUUCUGCGACGCUAGUCAAAAUGCGUACGGAGCCUGCAUUUACGUCCGCUCGUACAUCAAACCUGACGGAUACCGUACGGAGUUACUCUGCUCUAAAUCACGGGUUGCCCCUAUCAAGGCCGUCUCUCUUCCUCGGCUUGAGCUGUGUGCAGCAGUAUUAUUAGCGCGCCUGAUACACAAGGUUAGUGAGGCCCUUGAAAUUGAACGACAUCAGAUCUUCCUGUGGUCAGACUCCACCGUCACCUUGAACUGGAUAUCAUCAUCCUCCCGAAGGUGGUCGGUCUUCGUCGCUAACAGAGUCGGCGAAAUACAACGAUUGACCGACACCAAUGCCUGGCGACAUGUCGUCUCGGCAAACAACCCCGCUGACAUCCUGUCACGCGGAUUACAUCCCGCUGACUUAGCAACUUCAUUCAUGUGGUGGCACGGUCCCGCCUUUCUGCAAAAGAGGGACGACCAAUGGCCUAACAGCAGCUUCACCCGACUAGGAGACGACGUUCCAGAGCAGAAACCGGUCGUGGUUGCAACCGCCUUGGGCAAUUCACGCAUUGUCGAUGAGGUAUUAAAUAGGUGCUCUAAAUUAUACAAGGCAUGCCGAGUCAUAGCCUAUUGCUUGAGACUUAUAAAAAGAUACAGGUCUGACGCACCAACCCUCGUUGUCCUCCCCCUCGAGAUAUCUCGUGCUUUGGAUAUCAUAUGCAAAUCUGUCCAGAGGCAAGUCUUCUUUUCUGAAUACAAGGCGUUGAGUGAAGGAAAGGUUAUUCGUUCCACCAGUAGGCUUCUUUCUCUCUCCCCAUUCUUGGACAAAGGGGGCUUAAUGAGAGUGGGCGGAAGGCUGCGCAAUUCUACCUUACAGUUUGACGCGCGCCAUCCUAUACUGCUACCUCGCAAACACGACUUAACUCGACUCGUGAUAGAGCAUGAACACGCGCGAAAUAUGCAUGCAGGCGUCCAAGCUACUAUGGCUUCGGUCCGAGAGCGUUUUUGGCCACUGUCGUUGAGAUCAAGUGUUAGAAAGCUCAUUCAAGAAUGCAUAACAUGCUUCAAAGCGAAACCGCGCCACUCGGAAGCAAUUAUGGGCUCCUUGCCUACCAGUCGAGUCACUGUCUCUCGACCCUUCUCUCACUGCGGGGUAGAUUACGCCGGCCCGGUUAUAUUGCGAGAGGGCAAAAGGCGUAAUGCACGUAAUCACAAGUCCUACAUCGCCGUUUUUGUUUGCUUUGCCACUAAGGCAAUUCAUAUUGAAUUAGUCAGUGAUCUAACCACUGACGCCUUUCUUGGAGCGUUCAAACGUUUCAUUGCUCGACGAGGUCGAUCCUCUAAUAUGUACUCAGAUAACGGCAUCACUUUCGUGGGGGCUCAGAGACAGCUCGAGGAAAUGUACAAGUUCUAUUUGAGUCAGCAGACACAGGCCGAUCUCGAGCGGUUUCUGAGCCACCAGGGAAUCAUUUGGAAUUUCAUUCCCCCAAACGCGCCGCACUUCGGCGGACUGUGGGAGGCGGCGGUUAAAUCGGCGAAACUUCAUAUGUCGCGCAUUGUCGGCAGGGCUCAUUUAACAUUUGAGGAAAUGUCCACUGUAUUGUACGAAAUAGAAGCGAUUCUUAACUCGCGGCCGAUUACUCCGUUAAGUGAAGAUCCGAAUGACAUGUCAUAUAUAUCUCCCGGACACUUCCUAGUCGGCACUACCCUUAACGGACUACCUCAGCCUGACCUGACAGACGUCAAUGAGAACAGGUUAGUCCGCUGGCAAAGAGUAGAACAGCUCAGGCAAAACUUCUGGCGAAGAUGGAGCGCGGAAUAUUUGCAUUCUUUGCAAGAACGAAACAAAUGGAAGAGCAACAAGGGCAUUCAACUAGAACCUGGUCAACUCGUCCUCAUCAAGCAGCAAAAUUUAGCCCCACUGCAAUGGGCGAUUGGUCGCGUCCAGGACGUCCAUCCCGGUCCCGACAACGUUGUGCGCACCGCGACUGUUCACACCUCCAAGGGCUCUUUCGUCAGGCCUCUCUCCAGGCUUGCGAUAUUACCUAUAAGUUCGUAA